CUGUAACAGAACUGUUCCUAUUGCUUUAAUACUAUUAUUUAGUAUUUACUUACCCGAAAAUUUUCAAUAAAUUGUAGAAACUGUACAAGCAAAGAUUGAAAAGCGUUUUAGCCCAUGUAAUAUAAUGGCUUCUGGAUCUAAGAAUGAUGUUGUAAAUAGGCUGUCGAAUGUGAAGAUCGCCGAUGCCGACGGCGACGGUGACGAAGAGCCACCACAAAAUAUGCUUCCCUCAAAUCAGCAGGCACGUCAAAGUGGACACGACGAAGAGAUGGCCCAUUCUAUUGAUCCUAUGCCUUCCUCUUCUGCUAUUGAAAACCUACCAACACAUAACACGGGUGGACGCUUGCACAACUGGCAAGCAACAAAAACAACUGUAAAAGAACGUUUAUCAUUCCUAUUUAAUAACGAAAUCCUCUCUGACGUGCAUUUUAUAGUUGGGAAAGACGCCAAUCAGCAGGUCAUUCCAGCGCACAAGUUCGUACUUUCGGUUGGAAGCGCAGUUUUUGAUGCCAUGUUUAAUGGUGUACUGGCUACAAAAUCUGACGAGGUGGAGCUCCCAGAUGUAGAGCCCGCGGCUUUCCUGCAUCUGUUAAAGUUCCUGUACUCAGAUGAAGUACGAAUUGGACCAGAGAGUGUGAUGACAACAUUAUAUACAGCAAAAAAAUAUGCUGUUGCUGCUUUAGAGGAGCACUGUGUAGAUUUUCUGAAGAGCAAUUUAGGUACUGACAAUGCUUUCUUGUUGCUCACACAAGCUAGGUUGUUUGAUGAACCACAAUUAGCUGCACUUUGUUUGGAAAUGAUUGAUAAAAAUACUGCAGAUGCUUUGAAUGCUGAAGGAUUUACAGACAUAGACCAAGACACUUUAAAUGCAGUCUUAGAAAGAGACACUCUCAGAAUUAGAGAAGCCAAAAUCUUUUCAGCUGUCCUUCGUUGGUCAGAAGCAGAAUGUAUAAGACGCCAGCUUCCAGUGACCCCAACUAACCAAAGAACAGUUCUUGGCAGAGCUUUCCAUGCUAUACGGUUUCCCCUCAUGUCAGUGGAAGAAUUUGCUAUGGGUCCUGCCCAAAGUGGUCUUUUAGAUGAUCGAGAGAUUGUACAAGUUUUUCUUUAUUUCACUGUAAAUCCAAAACCUAAUGUUGGAUUUCUAGAUACACCCCGCUGUUGUAUGACUGGCAAAGAGUUAACAGUAAAUAGGUUCUCACAAACAGAAUCCAGAUGGGGCUACAGUGGGACAACAGACCGUAUCAGAUUUACAGUGGAUCAGAGGAUUUUUGUUGUUGGUUUUGGGUUGUAUGGAUCAUAUUUUGGACCAAGUGAAUAUGAAGUGCACUUGCAAAUAAUCCAUCUGGCAACAAAGAAAGUGUGUGGAUCAAACACAACUACAUUUUGCUGUGAUGGAACUGAUGAUACUUUUAGGGCAAUGUUCAAAGAACCAGUUGAAAUUCUUCCUAACACUUCUUACAUUGCUAGUGCUAAAUUAAAGGGCACUGACUCGUACUACGGAUCAAAAGGUGUUCGUCGCGCAACAGUUGAUUGCAACAAUGGUGAAAAGGUGGUCUUUCAGUUUUCAUAUGCCGCUGGAAAUAACAAUGGUACAUCGGUGGAAGAUGGCCAGAUUCCCGCCAUAAUUUUCUACAUUUAACCCUCGUCGCCCGUGAGGCUUCUCUCGGACCUGAUUCUAUAUGGAAAGCUCGCUAAAGUCGCCAUUGUUGUGGGAACUGGCAACAUUCAUAUGUAAGUGUAAUUAAUAUGGUUUUAACGGACUGAUCACUGACUAAUAAAUACUUCAAAAAGUAAAAUUAAUAAGUGACUUUGGAAAAGGUGAAAUUAAACUGUUUAGUGUAGUUUAGUAAAUAGCAACUUUCAAAAUGAUUGUAAAUCAAAAUUAUGUAACAAUAUUUCAUUAAUAAUUGUUUAAUAUGAGAGCAAAAUGCUUAAGAAAUAUACAAGAAACUUUAAUAAUUGCACAGACUCUAGUAAUAGUUGAAUGGUGUUUUAUGAGAAAUUUGUUUCUUCUACAAUCUUAAAAUUUUAAAAUACAAAAUUAAUAUUUGAAAGCUUUAGCUUUUUUCAUUUCAAGAUAGAAAAUUAUUCAUAGGAGUACAGUAAUAAGAAUAUUUUCCUUGGUUGCAAUAAAAGCGUUUACUAUAUAUUCCGUAUAGUAAUUUAAACUUAUUGUAUAUUGUAUAUCAAAUAUAAAAUGUUUAGAAAUCAAAUUACUAAUAUUGCUAAUUAAGUGCUUUAGUCUUAGCUAUUUCUAUGAUAAACUAAAAGUAUAGAAAAUUAAAUACAUUGCGAGUGAUGUUUAAAUGAGUAUACUCUCAGAUUCAGAGAUGAGACUUAGUGCUAAGUGCGACUCCCGUAUCUCAAAAAUGUAUUGGAUUUUGACAUAUGACUGAGUCUUAUGCUAAUAAAGUUACUACUUUUAUAAGUAAACCAAUGUUAGUAACAAUUUAUCAACUAAAUAACCCAAUUUGGCCAAAAUAUUUUCGAGUUUUGAAAUAAGAACCGCUAAGUAGAA